UGGAGAAUAGCGAUUGGUUGGAUCGGUUUAAAUACGACUAAAGUUUUACCAGACCCGACCCGUGACUUCUCCGACACUCAUGACCCAUCCACUCUCUCUUUCUCUCACAUUACACAGCAGAAGUAGGUGGAAAGCAAUGUCCCUUCUUCUUUCCUCUAUCUACUACAGCUAAAUCCUCCGCUCUUCAUCUCGCUGCGGAGCCUGGAAGAAGAAACCUGCGACGGCUAAUUCGGCGGCACUGCUGUGUAAUUCUUCAAUUUCUCGGAGGAGGAGGAGGAGAUUCGUUUUGGUGAUUGUUUGUGUCUCUUUCUACUGUUGUUCUUAUCGAAAGAGGUGAAAUCGGAACCCUAGUCUCUGGGCUUUCUCGAAAUUUCCUGGAUACCGUUUCGAGGCUGGAUCUGAGAUUAUGCUGUUGAGGCAAUGGAGGCUUCUUUAGCGGCUUUGGAGCGGCCACGAGUUGCUGCUGCAAAUACGGUUUUUAAGAGUGGUCCGCUUUUCAUAUCUUCGAAAGGAUUGGGUUGGACGUCUUGGAAGAAACGCUGGUUCAUCCUCACACGUACUUCUUUGGUCUUCUUCAAAAAUGACCCUGGUACACUACCACAAAAGGGUGGUGAAGUUAACUUAACUCUGGGUGGCAUCGACUUGAAUAACUCUGGAAGUGUUGUGGUGAGAGAGGAUAAAAAAUUGCUGACCGUAUUAUUUCCUGAUGGGCGUGAUGGGAGAGCUUUCACUCUUAAGGCUGAGACAUAUGAAGAUUUGUACGAGUGGAAAACUGCUCUGGAGCAGGCUCUUGCACACGCCCCUAAUGCAGCACUCAUCAUGGGCCACAAUGGAAUAUUUCGUGGUGAAAGUAACGAGGCUAUCGAAGGGCGGGAUAAGCGUCCAUUAAAAUCCUUGGUUGUUGGAAGACCAAUCUUACUUGCUCUUGAAGAUAUUGAUGGAAGCCCAUCAUUCCUUGAGAAAGCUCUUCAGUUUAUUGAGAAGUAUGGGUACUUUAACUGCCAUUUCCAUGAUUCUGUGAUCUCAUACAGAACUAAAAUUGAAGGAAUAUUAAGACAGUCUGCUGAUGUGGAGGAGGUGGAACGUAGAGUUCAAGAAUAUGAACAGGGCAAAACGGAGUUCACUUUUGAUGAAGAUCCGCAUGUUAUUGGAGACUGCAUUAAGCAUGUAUUGAGGGAGUUGCCUUCUUCUCCGGUUUCAGCAUCUUGUUGUACUGCCCUGCUGGAAGCUUACAGAAUCGAGUCUAAGGAGGCUCGCAUUAGUUCAUUGCGCUCUGCUAUGGCGGAAACAUUUCCUGAACCUAAUAGACGUCUACUACAACGGAUUCUGAAAAUGAUGCAUACUAUCUCGUCUCAUUCCCACGAAAAUAGAAUGAAUCCAUCUGCUGUAGCUGCUUGCAUGGCUCCCCUGCUCUUACGUCCUCUACUGGCUGGUGAAUGUGAUCUAGAGGACGAAUUUGAUAGCGGUGAAGACAAUUCUGCUCAGCUUCUUGCUGCUGCUAAUGCUGCCAAUAAUGCUCAAGCCAUCAUUACUAUUCUCCUGGAGGAUUAUGGAAGUAUUUUCGAUGAAGACAAUAUUCAAAGAUGUUCCAUUUCAACCGAAUCACAUAUCGGAAAUAGUGGGCCUGAUGAUUCUAGUGAUGAUGACAACAAUCGGAAAAAUGAAUAUGAUAAUGCAGAGAAUGAAGUAGAACCAGUGACAGAUGAUGAUAAUGAGCGUGCAUUGAGUGGAAAAAUGAGUGAGAGCAGCGGAUGCACAGGCAGCGAUCUCUAUGAAUACAAGGGUUUUGUUGCUGACGACUCUGAUAUUGAAUCACCGAGAGAGAUAAGCGGUCCAAUACGCAAUUCAAACGUACGAACAGAUCAUAUUGUGAGAAAUCCUUUUGUCAACUCCAUUGAUCAACAAGCUAAAGAGCAGAUAGGUGAUAAUUCAACAAAAUAUGGAGAAAACUCAUGUGUCGUAAAUGUUGGCGAGUCUUAUCAAUCGGAGAAGGUUCUAAAUGCACUCACUCAUGGAAAUAAUUUGGCUGCUCAUGGUCUUGAAUCAUCAAGUGAGAAACCCACGAGUAAGGGCACACCCUCCUCUGUUCAUGCAAAGCGCGCAACAUUCUGGGGUCGAGGCAGUGCCAGAAAGAUAUCCACAGAUGGAUCGUUUGAUUCUUCAGGAGAAGAUGAGCUUGCUAUACAGAGGCUGGAGACCACUAAAAAUGAACUGCGACAACGAAUUGCAAAGGAGGCCAAAGGUAAUGCGAUACUACAGGCUAGCUUGGAGAGAAGGAAGCAAGCGCUGCAUGAACGUCGUUUGUCGCUUGAACAAGAUGUGUCAAGAUUACAAGAGCAGUUGCAAGCCGAAAGAGAUCUCCGAGCAGCACUGGAGGUUGGUUUGAGCAUGUCUUCUGGACAAUUCAGCUCACAUGGUGUGGAUUCGAAAACAAGGGCGGAGCUUGAGGAAAUUGCUCUUGCUGAGGCUGAUGUGGCCAGGCUUAAGCAGAAAGUUGCAGAACUUCACCACCAGCUUAGCCAGCAACGUCAGACUAACUUUGGUUCCUUCUCAGACGCCCGUGAUAAUCAUCAGUAUCUCCAGAAUCACAAUCCUCAAAAUGGCAUGUUUCUUGUUCUUGGUGAAGAUGUGUUUAACAUAUAUCUCAGAAUAACUUAUCCACUAUUAACCUUCAAUUCAAGUACAGCUGAGAAGAUUAUAAGGUUUCUUCAGCAAGAUUUUGAUUCCACUCUUGCCUAUGUAAAUCAUGAGAGAAAACAAAGACAUGAGGAGAAUUUGCUGGGAUCGGAGUGGAGAAAUAGUAAAGGAGCAGGAUCAUUUGGUGUUGGCAAUAGCAGGCAAUCAUCUCGUAAGCAAAUACCAGAAUCAACAAACGUGACUGACUCUAGAAUCAGUGAGGAGUCUGGAAAGAUGUCUGUGGACAAGUUCUCAGCCAUUGAUUCUCCAUCUGUUCCGUCGACUUCAAGAGCAUUAGAUAUAACAGAGUACCCAAGGCUUAAUCAUCCGUCAGCCGCAGCAUCAGCAGCUCUUGUAGAGUUAACAACUCGUCUUGAUUUCUUCAAAGAGAGACGUUCGCAGCUCAUGGAGCAGCUCCAGAAUCUCGACCUUAACUAUGGCUCGUCUUCUCAAGAUUUCAUACACCGGCCAUCUUCUCCACCUUGGAACUAACAAUAUGAGAAAAAAAUAAGUAAAGGCUCUGUUUGUUCUGUAUAUCCUUUUGAUGAUUGAUUGAUGAUGUUAGCAUCUGCUUUGUUCAUUUUCUCCCGAGAAGACAGGAAUGACUUCAUUCUUUUGGGCAACAGUCUUGUGUGUAUAUAUAUAAAGAUUUCUUGUUUUUGUAAUACAUAUUUUUUUACGUGAGAUAUUGAUUAUGUUUAUAAGAAUUAACUCUUUAAGCCGCCUG